AUGGAGUCCUUGUCAGCUCCAACCCUCAGGGGGCACGUCCCCUGGCAGGGGCUCCUACUAGCUGUCUCACUCUCAACUUUCUGGAACCUGCCCACCACUGCCCAACUCACUAUUGAGUCAGUGCCACCCAAUGCUACUGAAGGGAAGGAUGUGCUUCUCCUUGUCCUCAAUCUAACUGAGAAUGUUAUAGGCUAUGCCUGGUACAGAGGGGAAAAUGUGGAAAGGAACCAUCUCAUUGUAACCUAUAGCAAAGACACUCUAGCAAGUACCCUGGGGAAUGCACACAAUGGUCGAGAGACAAUACAAGCCAAUGGAUCCCUGCUGUUCCAGAAGGUCACCCUGAGUGACACAGGAGACUACACCGUACAAGUCACAAUGAGAGAUAUCACGAGUGACAAAGCAACUGGACAGCUCCACGUGUACCCGGAGUUACCCAAACCCAGCCUCACAAGCAACAACUCCAACCCUGAGGAGCACAAGGACCCUGUCCUGUUAACAUGUGAGCCUGAGACUGAGGACACCACCUACCUGUGGCUGAUCAACAGUCAGAGCCUCCAGGACAGCACAAGGCUGGAGCUGUCCAAGGACAACAGGACUCUCACUUUGCUCCAUGUCACGAGGACUGACACAGGACCCUAUGAGUGUGAAACCCGGAACCCAGUGAGUGCUGGCCGCAGUGACCCCUUCACCCUGAAUGUUCUCUAUGGCCCGGAUGCCCCCUCCAUUUCCCUCCCGGACUCCCAUUACCCACCAGGGGCAAACCUCAGACUCUCCUGCCACACAGCCUCUAACCCACCUGCACAGUAUUCUUGGCUUAUCAAUGGGAGACCCCAGCAGCCCACACAGGAGCUCUUUAUCCCCAGCAUCACUGCAAGUGACAGUGGAUCCUAUACCUGCCUUGCCCAUAACUCUGUCACUGGUCUCAAUAGGACCACAGUCAGGACCAUCAAAUUGACUGGUAAGUCAGAAAAUGACUACACAGGCUACUCCACAGGGACCAUUGCUGGCAUCGUGAUUGGGGUCCUCUUCGUGGUGGCUCUGGGGAUCUCCCUGGGGUGUUUCCUGUACCACAGGAGGACUGGGAGGGCCAGUGACCCACAAGGCCUCAGAAAACACCGGCCCCCAGUGUCCACCCCAGGCCAGGGUUCCUCUGGAGCCUCCACCUCCACGGGCCCCCUCCCCGGCCCCAGGACAGCCAGCCCCAUCUAUGAGGACUUGCUGCACCUGAGCACAGAUGUGUACUGCCGCAUCAGCCCCAAAGCCGACGGGGCUUCCUAG